AUGCUUUCGGUGCAACGCCUGCACGCGCUGGCCGCACUGUUGUUAUUAUACGUUGGAGUCGCAUCUGCCCAUAGCGCACCACCUCGGCCACUCGCAAGGAUCGCACACCCUACGACACAUGCCAUCGACAUCCUUCCACGCACCCGCCCCGUUAAGCGCCAUCACCAUCAUGCCCGCCAAGCAACACCGCUCGAACUUCCCGAACUCUUGCACUCAGACUCCUUCCGCUUGACACUGUCCGCCUUCGACGAGAUAUUCCACUUGCAUCUGAGACCUAAUGACGACCUCAUCCACCCCACCGCACGCAUCAACUAUCACACAGCUUCGGACGACGGCUCUACAACGACUCGCACAGUGCCUCUGAUGCGCGAGACCGUGCGCGCUUACUGGGGCGAAGUCAUCGCUCCCCACCUGACUGCGGAUCGGUUAAGACAGGACGCAGUCCGGGUGAUGCGUCCGACGGGCUCGGAACUAGGCUGGGCGCGCAUCAUCGUACACGACCAUGGAGAUUCUGAGCGCGGCCGACCUCCUAUCUUCGAGGGCGCAUUUUCGGCGAACGGCGUUGUACACCACAUCUCGACGAAGGAGAACUACCUGCGCAACAAGCACGAAUAUGAUCCGCCUCUAUUAAUUGACCAGAGUGAUCCCGACAGUGCUCUUGUUAUGUGGCGCGAGUCGGACCAACUGCCUGAGAUCAACUCCGAGCCUGGAAACUUUGGUGGAGGCCGCACUUGCGCGCACGACAAGCUGGACUACAACGUCAACCCCCUGCUCAACCCUACACUGCGUGCAUCACCUGGGAGAUCUUGGCUGAAUCCUUUGGCUGAUCUGCUGUUGACGAAGCGUGAUGGUGAUUUCUCCGGGGGCAUGGAUACGAACUUCAUUGACACCAUAGGUCAGAACGCGGGAUGUCCAACGGAUCAGCGCAUCGUUUACAUGGGCGUUGCCGCCGAUUGCGAAUACGUGCAGUUGUACGGAAGCCAGGAGAACGCCACACAGCAGAUCUUGAACGAUUGGAACACCGCCAGUGCGCUUUACAAGAGCACGUUCAACGUCAGCCUCGGCAUCAUCGAGCUCCAAGUUCAAGAUCCCGUUUGCCCGUCGACGAUCAACGACAGCGCUCCAUGGAACGUCGCAUGCAAUACUACUGGCGUCGACUUGAACGACCGCCUCUCGUUGUUCUCAGCAUGGCGAGGCGAACGCGCAAACGAUGGCGCCGGACUGUGGCACCUUGUCAGCGCAUGCCCGUCUGGGUCGGAGAUCGGAAUCGCGUGGCUUGGAACGCUCUGCCAGCAAGACGCCACUACAUCAGGCAGUUCCUCGGUGUCUGGCGUCGGUGUAUCUACGACUGGAAGGACCGAGUGGCAGGUGGUAGCCCAUGAGAUCGGGCAUAACUUUGGCGCAAUUCACGACUGUACGAGCGGCUGUAACAGCACUUCCGCAUGUUGUCCGUUGUCUACGACCACUUGCGACGCUAAUGCUCAGUACAUCAUGAGCCCGGUCGCCGAGGCCAGCGAGCAAACGUUCUCGCCGUGCACUUUAGGCAAUAUUUGCUCGCUUAUGCAAAGCCAGUCCAUGAACACCUCCUGCUUAGUCCCUCCGAGUCAAGACAUCCGCACGAUCUCCCUCAACCAGUGCGGCAACGGCAUCGUUGAAGAAGGCGAGGACUGCGACCCGGGCUCCGGCACGAACAGCACCUGCUGCGACUCUUCGACUUGCAAGUUCACAUCCGGUUCCGUGUGCGACUUCACCAGUUCCAGCUGUUGUACCGAUCAAUGUCAAUUGGCUUCGUCAGGCACUGUUUGCCGCGCGGCGCGCGAUGAUCAGUGCGAUACGGCAGAGACUUGCACGGGCUCCAGUGCGACUUGCCCCGAGGAUACGUUUACGCCAAACGGGAGGAGCUGUGGGUCUAACGGCCUAAAGUGCGCGGAUGGCCAGUGUACAUCGCUUGACCUACAAUGUCAGACGAAUGGUGCGGCGAUGGGUCUGACGACCGCCUGUGGCUCCAAGGAUGAUACGUCCUGUCGCGUCUCGUGCCAGAAUCCGAACUCGACAGGAUGCGUCGUACUCGAUACGCAGCUUAUUGACGGUUCACCGUGUGGUUACGGAGGAACAUGUCAAUCAGGCAACUGCCAGUCAGGAAGCGCUCUGGAUACAUUCAGCGCACUCUACCGCGAGAACUUGCAAUACUCCAUCCCAACCACCAUCAUCACCGCUGUCCUCGUCACAAUUCUUGUAGUAUUCCUCGCGCGGUGCUGCUGCUGCAAGGGAAGCAGGAAGCGCGACCUCGCAACGCCGACGGUCGCCGGGUUUGCGUUCAAUCGCAACAACCCGAGUGGACAUCGGAGAUUGGGAAGCAACAGCAGUCUGCUGGGACGCCACAGCCAGUUGGCAGGCGAUGCGGCAUCUAUCGAUCGGCGCUCACCGGCUCCGAAUUACUCGAGCGUUGUACCGGCAUUCCCGAGCUCAGUGCAAACGCGAGCGAAUGCUCUACCGCACGAGCGAAGGCUCGAGUACAAGCUCCGGCUUGAGUUCGGCAUCUGGUCAAAGCUCGAGCUCAGCUCGGCCUUUGACUGCACGGCAGAAUAG